CACAUUCGGAUUCGGGGUGGAGCAGUCCGAGCAGCCAAAAGGGAGGAAAAAAAUGUGAAGGGUAAAAAAAAGUUCCUCGUUGCGACUCCUCCAGCCCUCUUAGUUUCCAAAUGUUCACUGUAGCAGUGCGUGCUCUCUUCGGUUCACCCUGGCGAGCUGCGGCUUAGAAAAAGGAACUUCCACAGUGAACAGAGAGCUGCGAGAGAGAUCGGAGCGCAAGCUGAAGUUGUGACAGUUUGUGGAGGGAGAGCGCUUUGGGGAGGUUUUACGCAUUGCGCAGGAUGCAGGCGCGCUAUUCCGUCUCCAGUCCCAAUUCUUUGGGAGUCGUGCCCUACAUCAGCAGCGAUCAGAGCUACUACCGGGCCGGCGGGGGAUACACGGGAAUGCCUGCGGCUAUGAGCAUGUACUCGCAUGCAGCCCACGAGCAGUACCCGGCCAGCAUGGCCCGGCCGUACGGACCGUACACUCCUCAGCACCAGCCGAAGGACAUGGUGAAACCCCCUUACAGCUACAUCGCCCUCAUCACCAUGGCGAUUCAGAACUCGCCAGAGAAGAAGAUCACCCUGAACGGGAUUUAUCAGUUUAUCAUGGAGAGGUUCCCCUUCUACCGGGACAACAAGCAGGGCUGGCAGAACAGCAUACGGCACAACCUGUCCCUCAACGAGUGCUUUGUUAAAGUGCCCCGGGACGACAAGAAGCCCGGUAAGGGCAGCUACUGGACUUUGGACCCCGACUCCUACAAUAUGUUUGAGAACGGCAGCUUUCUACGGCGCAGGAAGAGGUUCAAAAAGAAGGACGUGCAGAGGGAUAAGGACGAGCGGGACAGGCAAAGCAAAGAUCCCUCUGUCCGCACGGCGGGCCGGGAGCCCGAGCCGCCCAUGCAGGGCUCCCAGCCGGUGCGGAUCCAGGAUAUAAAGACUGAGAAUGGGAACUCCACGCCGCCUCAGGCCGCAUCCCCGACCCUGGGCGCCGUGCCCAAAAUCGAGAGUCCAGAUAGCAGAAGCAGCCUGUCAACGGGCAGCCCGCACAGCGUCCCCUCCACCCGGUCACUCAGCAUCGAAGGAACCGAGCACCAUCACCACGGCCAGGCCCCUGCGCAGGGCUUCAGCGUGGAUAACAUCAUGACCUCCAUGCGGGGGUCUCCGCAGGCCGAGCUCUCCCCACCUCACAUCGCCUCCUCUCGGACAGGUAUCGCCCCUUCACUGUCGCUCAGCUACUCGCCGAACCAGACGUCCGCUUACAGCUCAACGACCUGCAACCAGAACGUCAUUUCCACGAGCUCCAACGCCACUUAUCACUGCAAUAUGCAAGCCAUGAGUCUAUACGCAGGGGAUAGAUCCUCCAGCGGCCACCUCGCCCCUUCAACCACGGUGGACGAGGCUCUGCCCGAUUAUUGCAUCACCACGACCACCGCGUCCUCACUUGGGCACGGAAACCUGAGCCAGGCGGGUCAGGACGGUCACCACGCGCACCAGGGUCGGCUCGCAUCCUGGUAUGGGGACCUGAGUCACUUGAGCCCGGGUUACCCGGCGCAGCAGCAGAACUUCCACUCGGUGCGGGAGAUGUUUGAGUCCCAGCGGAUCGGGCUGAACGGCUCUCCAGUGAACGGGAAUAAUAGCUGUCAGAUGGCCUUCCCGUCCGGACAGUCCAUCUACCGCACCUCAGGAGCUUUUGUUUAUGACUGCAGCAAGUUCUGAAAGCCAAGCGCAUCUUUUAAAUUAAUAACUCUAAUAUAUAAUUUCUCUAUAUAUUUUUUUGUACUUUUGGUCUUUCAUUCACACUCCGAAUGGACAAGCGAUUCAGAGAGAUUUUUUUGUCUUUUGUAUUUUUUGUGCAGAGCUGUGUAACACCAAAAACACGUAAGUUUCCUUCCCUCUCACUUCGAGAAUAGUUUCUAAAGAUGGCUCAAACCCGGCUGUUACGACUAGACUGUAAAUUAUAGCCUAAUAUAGUAAUUUAUUUUUUAGGAAAAGGGAGUGGUUGGACAUUGAGGACCAAACACUUUUUUCCCCUCCGCAGUUUUCUUAUUGCUGCAUUUUAAUUGUCCCAGUUCUUGUAUAGAAAUAGAGGGACUGUGUAGCCUUUGCUGACUUAUUCUAUUCAUUUUGUGUUAUUUGUUUAAAAAAAUAUUUUGAAGGCAUUACAUUUUGUUUUGUUUAAUAAAGUGCCGUUUAUUUGAAUUUGAGUGAUUUAUUAGUAACGCUAGAGGAAAAGUAAAGGGACAUUUCUUGAAUUUAGAAAUAGCUGCACGGUAGUUAAAAUAUAUUUCAAUUCAAAAAUGUAUUAUAAAGCGCUAAAUUCACCU